AUGGAUGGAGACGCAUCUCCUAUCACUGAAGAGUCAUGUCCAGUGCUGCUAAUUCCAAGGAAAUGUACAGCGUUCGAAAUAAAUUGUGAGCCAAUGGAAAACUUAUACUUAGAUUUAAAUAUAACUUCAAUAGAUGCUGAAGGGAACGUAGCUUCUAUUUAUGAUGGCUGUUGCAACGUUCGGUUCCUAGAUCAUUAUGAUAUAAACUAUGUGUCUAAUGAUGAGCCAAUGCUUGAAGACCAGCUCGUAGGUCAGCCUAAUGAUGAGAUAGACCAGAUGAGGGCCAUCAUCCCCCAGGAGAGCCAUUACGCUGAUGAUGAGCUGGAGUGCGGUUUGUUUCUUACAAAAUUGCCGGACGAGAUAUUGAAUAAGAAUGACGGUGAGUCGGUAGAACAACGAACCUAUCAAGACACAACAGAGAGAAGCCAGGCGCUCAAACAACUGCUGUCGACAGACCUGAUUCCAAAACAACUGAAGACUAUCAUGUAUCUGGGAGAGGACUCGCAAUCUGGACAGACCAUACAGACGAUAGAUGACCCAAGGCUGAAGUGCUCCUAUUACAGUUAUGAGGAUGAAAAUGGAAGAAACAAUUCUGUGUCGGGUCAGAAACAGUACCAAUGUGUGAAGUGCGAACAACUGUUCGACAAUAUCCAUCUCUUCAAGCAGCACACAAGUAAAUCUCACUCGCUAAGUACGACAGUUCCACCGCGGGACCACCAUUGUCCUAUUUGCAAGCAAACACUGAAAACUAAGUUGACGUAUGACCUUCAUCGCUCUCGCCAUGGAAACCCAGGGCUAGAGUGCAGAAAGUGCUACAAAGUAUUUGCGUCAAACCAAUCAUUACGGAAUCACAAGAAGUACUCCCUGAUCAGCGAUCAGAGUGAUGAAGAAAUGAGAUUCGACGUUGUAAAGGAGGCCGACUCGGUGAUCCAGCAAGUGAUGUCUAAUGAGGUUUUUUUGCUCCCAAAUCGAAAGAAUUUUAAAAAUCAUUCCAAGAAGGUAGUAUGCGAUGUUUGCAACAAGCCAUUUUAUAGAAUUAGCGAUUUGAAGCGCCACCUCAUCGAACACGUGACCCGAAGCACCCUCGCCAAGAUCCCUGUCAACAACAGCGGCGGUCUCUCCAUCCUCUGCGAGGUUUGCCACACCGAAACCUUCACUAAGAUAGACCGCUAUAAGGCUCAUCUUCGCGAGCACGCGCAUCUUACUCUUUACAAAUGUCAAUUCUGCGACAGAUCAUUUGGUGACUCUAGUAACUUCUCCAAACACAAGAAGAUCCACGUCGCUUCAAUCUUUCAAUGCGAUAUGUGUAACAAAAAGUUCAAUACGAAGAAAAAGAUCAUUGAGCAUAUAGGGCGCCAUAACCAGGCAUCGCCAAUCUUCUGUCCCCAAUGCAACAAGACGUUUCAUUUCACAUCCCAGUUGAACAAACAUUUACAGACUGUUCACAGGAGAACGAAACGGUACAAGUGUCCGUUCUGUCAUGAGUUCUUCGGCAGUCUGAAAUUCAAGUGGGACCACGAGUGGUUGAUCCACAAGGUGCGUAAGACGCCCUUCGACUGCUGGAACUGCCAUUUCAAGUGCAGAAAGUAUACCGACUUGAAACGUCAUUGCCGAGAUAAUCAUAGUAUAGAUAUACCAUCUAUCAAAGAUUUCAUAGGGAGGAAAUUUAAUGGAAGAAUAUGA